AAGUAAGUGAUUUGUGGAUUUUUGAGUGUUUUUGUCCCAGGGAUAGACAGGCUCCGUCCAGCAAAACAGGGUUACGCAAUGGCGGCCGAACCCGAAGUAAACAUUCGAACUGUGUGCAUCUUAGGACAUUCUUAUAUCCGCCGUUUGAAAGAAUUUAUAGAUGCAAGUGAUCUUAGGACUAAUUUAAAUUUGGAUAUGGACUCCUUCAAAGUGGAUUUCAGAUCACGCGGUGGUUUCACAUUCAAACGUCUAGCCCACUGUGCAGAAUUUCUACGGUUUGACGCACCCCCCGAUAUUUGUUUUAUACAGAUGGGCAGUAAUGACUUGAGUCUAAACAAUCCUCGGAAAGUAUGUACGGACUUAAUUUCGUAUGCACAAUACUUGCGCGAUGGUGUUGGAAUAAAAACUGUAAUUGUUGGACAGUUAUUACGCCGUCAGCCAUGGGCUUCUCGUGUCAAGUUUAACGAGGAUGUGGUAAAAGUGAACAAUCUUUUGAAAGAGGAAAUAGGGAAAGUAGACGGUGUGUAUUUUUGGCCACACAGGGGAUUUUGGGCGGACCUGUCCUACCUGGGACGUGAUGGAGUUCAUAUUGAGGGUGACUCCAGGCAUAUGAAGAAAUAUAUGCAUAGUAUUAGAAUUGCAGUACUGCAACAUUCAAGAUGAGUAUGUUACUAUAAAUUUAAAAAAAAAAAA